CUUAUCUUUUUUCUUCUUCUCCUUCUUCUUUUUGUUACAUUGAAUUAUGGCUGCACAACUUUACAAAACUGCUAGCGGUCGACUUUUCCACGCAGGAGCAGUAGCGAUUAUUACAGUGGGCUUGCCUGCAAGAGGAAAGACGCAUCUUUCUAGAUCUCUCUGUCGUUACAUGCGAUGGUUAGGUGUAUCAACAAAAGUUUUUAGUGUCGGAAACUAUCGCAGAGAACGCAUGGGCCCAGUUCCAAAUGAUUACUUUGAUCCCACAAACCAUGAAGCAUUUGAACAGAGAUUACACAUUGCCGACGAAUGUUUGGAUGAUAUGAUUGAGUGGCUUAAGACAGGCGGUGGACAGGUCAGCAUCUACGACGGAAACAAUGUUACUGAAGACCGACGAAGAGCUAUCCACGACAAGCUAGUCGCUAAUGAUAUACAUCCUUUGUUCAUUGAAUCUAUAUGUAACAAACCCGAGAUUGUCCUGGCCAAUAUUCGGAGCGUCAAGAUAUCUUCCCCAGAUUAUGUUGGGUGGGAUCCUGAGUCUGCAGUCGUUGAUUACAAGAACCGUAUCGAACAACACAUGGCAAACUAUGAAACGAUCGCGGAUCUUACUUUACCUUUUGUAAAGCUGAUGAAUGUGGGAGAGCAAUUGAUUGUCAACAAUGUCCAUGGAUAUCUACAGUCGCGUGUGGUUUAUUUUCUGAUGAACCUUCACAAUAGAAGACGAACCAUUUAUUUCGCCCGCGCAGGAGGAUCUGUCAGCCCAAGUUCAUUUAAAGACGAUGCUGAAUUAUCUCCCGAGGGUGUUGAAUAUGCUCAAAAAUUAGAGGAGUUUGUAGUUUCUUAUCGUGAACAAAAACAGACAGGUUCAGGUAGUACUGAAGAUCAGGAACGACAAUUGGUGGUCUGGACAUCUGCUAGAAAAAAGGGAAGACAAACAGCCAUUCCAUUUGUGAAUGCCGGUAUCCCUGUACGUCAGCAUUCCGUUCUCAAUCAAAUGAAUCCCGGAGAAGUGGAUGGUCUGACUCCUGAACAAAUUAGAGAAAAGUUCCCUGAAGAAGUCAUCAGUGCACGCGCCAACCCCUACAGCCAUCGCUAUCCCCGUGCAGAGUCAUAUCAUGAUUUGGCUAUUCGUUUGGAAUCCGUUAUUAUGGAAUUAGAGCGUGAAAAGAAUGAUGUCUUGAUUAUUGCACACGAUACUGUCCUUCGAUGCCUUUAUGCCUAUCUUUUCGACAGACCAGAAAGUGAAAUUCCAACUAUCUCCAUCCCUCGUUCAUGUUUGAUCGAAAUCACUCCUACUGCUUAUGGGUGCAGAGAAUCACGAAUAGAUAUCCUUUAGAGUUUUUCAUAAUAUACAAUAUAUAUAUAUAUAUAGGUGUAUGUGUUCGUUUAUUUACAUGAAUAUGAAUAUUAAUCAUCAAUUAUUAAAAAAAACAAUUCUUAAUGGGUAAUGAU